AAAUCUACAUAUUUGUAUAAUGGAUAUAUCAGCGCUGUCAGAGCCAGUGGAAUUUUCACCCACCGAUUGGAUUAAUGCAAAUUAUAAGAAGUACAUCGAGGAGAAUAGCAAAAAAGAGGGCGCUUCUGCAACAUCGUUCAUACAAAGCUACGUGGCUAAGCUGCAGCUGUAUGUGCAGCAGGUCAACUAUGCUGUGGAGGAAUCCAGCCAGCAGGUGGUUGCCAGCAUGCCACGCAUUGCCAAGGAAGCGGCGACACUCCAGUGCGAUGUGGCACUGUUGCAGCAGAAGAUGAGUGCGAUGCGUCAGGAGAUGGCGGCUGUUCAAGAAGAAACCGGCGAUUGCAUGGCCACCCUGGAGCGUUUGAAUAAUUUGCAGAGCAAGCUGCAGGCGGCCAAAGAAUCGUUGCAGGAAUCGGAUGGUUGGGGCAAUCUGCUCUCCGAACUGGAAGAUUGCUUUGAACGCAAUGAUAUGAAGGGCGUUUGCGAUAAACUGCGAGCACUGCAGAAGUCACUACAGGCUCAAGAGCAACUGCCUGGUCAUGCCGAACGCCAAACCCAGGUGGAGGACUUCAAAAAUCGCCUAGAGGCCAUGGCAUCGCCUAGCUUAGUUCAAUGCUUUGCCGAAUCAAAUCUGGAACAGGCGCAACGGCAUGUGCAAAUCUUCAGCAGCAUUCAGCGCUUGCCACAGCUACAGCAGUACUACCGAGCCGUCCAAAAGAAUGUGUUGCAACUGCAAUGGAAGCAGACCCUCGAGCUGCAGGCGAGUGAAUCGCCGCAGCAGCAUUUCCUCACGCUCUUCUACGAUCAGCUCUUGGAGCAUUGCCAACGCCAAUUGAAAUGGUGUGUGCAGCUGUUUGCAGAUGAAUCGAUAGACGUGGCUCAGUCCCAGCCAUUUCUGGUCAUUGCGGAGCUAUUACCAGCACUACAGCCAACACGGGAUGCCCAUAUUCUGCAGCUGCUGAAGAGCUCUAAUGAGCGGCUGGAGCUGUUGGCUCAAUAUGCGCAGGCCAAUCAAAAUUUCGUACUGCAUCUGAACUCGAUGAUGAAGCAAUCGUCGAUUAGCUUGCCUGCCGAGCUGCAUGGCCAACUGGCUGAGGCGAUCUUUGAGUACUUUCACAAGUUUAUACAGCAAUAUCCACGGCUCGAAGAGACGCAGCUGUCCACACAAGUGGAUCGCCUGAUAUCGAAUCAGUCGACGCCCAGUGAUGCAGUGCGUCAUCUAGAGGACAGCACUCGCAAGCUCUACGAGUGGCUGCACCAGGCGUGCGGGCGCUGCGAGGCUAUAACCAACGACUUGGCCUUGUGCAAGCUGAUUACGGUCCUCAAUGGCAUCUUCAAGCGGCAGCUGGAGAACUUCAGCCGCACACAGCGCCAGCUGAGCCUCAGCCUGGGUAGCAGCUCCAGCGAGAGCACAGCUCGCAGCGAAAAUUGGUCGCUUCUCCAGUACACAAUGUCCCAGCUGCAGUGCCUCGCUGAUUUCCAGCAGCAGCUGCAUCAGUUCGAGCAGCUGCUGCACUUGCGCAUGAACAGCUUAGCCACCAAGCUGCAGCAACCAGCGAGUGGGCAGGAGAUCAGUAUCUACCAGACCUGCGAACGCGUUAUGCAUCAGCAGUUGCUCUCCACCAUUGCCGACUACCAGCAGAAGAAGAGCGAAGCAACAGUGGCCACGAGCUCCGAUAGCUUGGGCAUCUUCCCACAGAUCUAUGCCACAUUGAAGACUUAUCUGGCGGAGACGCAUGACAUCACCUUAAACAUACUGCUGCAGCCCAUCGAGGCGCACCUGGCGCAUAUACGCCCGCCCGUCGAGGCGUACUCAAGUUCAUCGGGCAUCAACAUGCCGGCGUUCAGCUACGCUCCACAAGAGAGCAUCACGCAGAUUGGCCAAUAUCUGCUCACGCUGCCACAGCAUCUAGAACCGCUGCUGCUGUCGCCGUCAGCACUCCUGAAGCAAGCUCUCGAGCUCUGCAACAUCAAGUACACCCAGGCGAUACCCUGCGCUGAUGUCCUGCUCUCCCUGGUCGUGGAGCAAUGCUGUGUGAUGUACCAGGCGCAGAUAUUGCAAAUCAAAUCCUUGCCCGCCUCAUCGGCCACGCAGCUCAGCGUGGACAUUGAGUACUUGUCCAACGUGCUCGAGGAACUAGGCUUGACCAUCAAUCUGCAGCUGUCCCAGAUCCUGACUUUGCUGAAGGCUGCACCCGAUCAGUACCUCAACUUGAGCUCUGGCUGCGAGCCGCGCCUGGUGACUGCCAUACGACAAAUGCGAAAUAUUAUCUCCACGCAAUAAUUCAAAUAUAUAUAGUAGUAAUUAUA